GUAAAAUACAAUCAUAAACAAUUAAAUAAUUUUAAAACACUUUUGUCACAUACAUACAUACUUUUCAUUUAGACGUCAAUUUUUAAAAAUUAUAAUUUUUAUUUGUUUUAUUUUUUUAAAUUUAGUUUUGUAGUAAUAUUAUUAAGUGGAUUUAAUGGCACUUAAGAAUUUAUUGAAUUAAUCUAGAAUAUUCAAAAUCAAACUAUAUAAUGGCUUGAAAACCACCGGCGAACACGAGGACCGACCCCUGGCUGGCCGUUCACCAUGAACGUCGUGAAAAUAUUGGCAAUCGUAGUGGUGACGUCCGUCGUCACUCUCCUGUGCAUUCGUUCGGGUCAAGCGAUGUCCAAGACCCCGGUAACUGUUUACAACAAGACCGGCGAGAAACCGGUACCCCGAGACCAAGGCAAAUUUCCGUCGGUGAGCUUGACUUCCAAAACCGUCACGCCAAAAGCGACGGAACGGCCGGUAGACGAACAGCGGAAAGAAGGGCGACCGAUUAUCGCUGUGGUAACUCCGGAGCCGAACCGAAAUGAAAGAUUAGACACCGAAAACCAAACGACGACGACAACAACAACAACAACAACAGCAACAACGACCACUGCUACCAUUUCCACCAUCACUGCUGAACCCUUGCAGUUAGCCACUAGUAGGUCUUUGAACGGAGACAAUCGUAUCCCCGUACUCGGACCUAUGGUGACCGGUAGAAAAACGUCACCGUUAGUAGUCCGAGGAAAAUUGAUAAGACAAAUAGUGCGCCCGUCCAACCACCAGAGCAGUAACGGCGCGACCAUCGUGCGCGAAAAAGACGACGAUGACGGUAACGAGACCGACAUUAUUGUCGACGCCGAUGUGUAUCACGUGAACAAUAGACAAUUAAUGAGCGGCAUUAACGAUUACUCGGCCGUCGACACGGACAUAUCGGUGGCAGAAGAAGACGGCUCGGCGGGCUAUCAAGAUUCGUACGACGCGAGCUACAACAAAGGCAACGACGGGACCGGAUGGAGCCCGUCCGGAAGUUACGGCGUUGGCGGAGGCGGCGUGUCGACCAUCGACCGGCCGCCGUACGGCUUGGCGGCGCCGUAUCCGUAUCCGGCCGGCCUGAUGAUGCCGCCGGGCUACAAGCAAGUGUCGUACAUAAGCAACCUGCCGCCGUACGGCCACCGUCCAGCCGCUGGACAGUACAACACGAACGGCAACUUCCAUCAACAGGUGCAGAUGAUCUACGACAAGAUCGACUGGCACAAGGUGGGCAUAAUGGCCCUGGUCAAGAUCGGGCUGGCCAAGCUCAAGGCGUUCGGGUUCCUCAAGAUCUUGUUCCUGCUCGUGUUCAAGCUCAAGAUGUUCCUGAUCGCCAUGUUCUUCAAGUUCCUGUUGAUCACCAAGCUGAUGAAACUGCUCAAGCUGUUCAUGAUACCACUCAUCCUGUUGACGGUGGGGCCGCUGCUCCUGUCCCUGUUCUCGGCCCCGAUGCUCGUCGGAGGCCUGUUGACCAUCCCGGCGCGCAUACUCGAUUUUCUGACCGGGCCGAUUUUCGUACCGGCGUCGUCCACCGCGGCCACCAAAGUGUUGACGGAGCCCACCGCGCUACCGGGCACGGCGGUCGGCAAAAACGGCGCCUUGUCGCCGUCUUACAAGCCCGACGACUCACCGGUAAGCGACCAUCACCGGCGGUUGGACAUGUUCGACCCAGCUCUGACCGUAUUCCGGAAGGUGUUGGACUCGGAAAAGUGCGUGGAAAGAAUUGCGUGUCGGAUGGCUGUGGUGGAAAAGGCCGGUUUACUUCCUCUUUGGAUUAAUUGGAUGCUUUAUCGAGUAUCAAAGAUAAUUCCGAAUGAAAAACUAGGAACCUAUCUCAAAGCGUAUUCCGAUGUAAGUAAUGUGAUUCAUAACAAGUCGGAUUAUCCAUCAAAUUAUUGGACAAAAUGGUGCUCAGAACAUUACGACUGCAAUAUUACUAACACUGCUAAUACGGUUACAAAUGUGAUAGACGCAGUACAAUGAUAAUACUUAUUAUUAGUAUUCGGCGUACUAUUUUCGUGUAUUUUAUUUAAUAAUUUACUUAUAACAUUAACUUCUAAAAGCUUAUUUUACACAUUGAUGUUUUGUACAUAUUUUUAUUUACAUAAAAUAUUUCCCUGCGAAAUAUAUUUAUUCCUAUUAGAUUUAAUUUGUAAUUAUAUUGUAGAAUUAUGUAUUUAAAUAAA